AGUGUAAAUUUAGUAAAUUCUAUUUUUUAUAAUAUUAUGCCAGCUACUAAUGAGAGCACAGCUGGGGGGCUGUUUAUACAUCAGCAAAUAUUUCAGAUUACAGUGCUUGAGGGAGCAAUAUCAAAGGCUAGUUUUGCAAUGUUAAUGUCGUUGUUCUUUAUCUAUUUAAAUGCCAUCAUGAUCUACACUCUUUGGAGCAAGCCUGUUUUUAAAGAUACUCCACGUUACAUUUUGUUUAAUCACAUGCUUAUCAAUGAUUCAGUUCAGCUCUUAGUUACCUCAUUGUUGUAUAUUUUAGGUUUUGCCUAUCUUAAGGUAGUCAUGUAUGCUUGUGCUUUUUUAGUUUUUGUUUCAAGUACAACUUUCAAUAAUGCACCUUUAAACCUGGCUCUAAUGUCACUAGAGCGUUAUGUGGCCAUAAGCUUUCCUCUGAGACAUGCUGAAAUAGCCACUCAAAGAAGAAUUUAUAUUGCCAUUGGAAUUAUUUGGUUUAUGGGUCUAAUGCAAUUUACUAUUGAUUUGCUUUAUGUAGUAGCGACAGAUCCUAAAUUUUUAACGUCACAAAUAUUUUGCACAAGAGAAAGGACUUUCAUAAGGCAGUGGCAGCUGGAUGUUUUUCAGGGCUUUAACAUUUUCUAUUUUGUCUUGGUGUCUAUGAUCAUGCUUUUGACAUAUGUCAGGAUUUUAAUCACAACCAGAUCCAUUUCCUCCAAAAAAGAUUCUGCUUUCAAAGCUCACAGAACUAUAGGGCUGCACCUCAUUCAGCUGGGUCUGUGCCUCAUCUCCUUUUUUUCUAGCCUUAUAGAACGAGCAACAGCAAUGACUGGCAGCAGCAGCCUCUUCGUGGACCUGCGUUAUCUAAAUUAUGUGUUUCUAGUGGUCCUGCCACGCUGCUUAAGCCCACUCAUCUAUGGACUGAGAGAUGAAGCUCUGCGACCCUUAUUUAUGUACUACUUUUGCUGUGCCACAGGCAAAUGCAAGUCUAGUGUAAGUGUACACUGA